GAGAAAAUGGGAUCAUGACGAUGCUUAAAUUUUAUAUUAAUUUCCGGGGGAGGAUAAGUAAGGAAACGAUUAUAUUUAGUAGUUGGUAACUCGUGCCAUAAAGUGGAAGAAGCUGAGGGGUAUAACAUGGCCAUUUAUUAGGGAGUCAUUAGAGUUUCACAAUUUCUUUGAUUGUGUCCGUAAUUACGUCCCGAUUUAACCUCUCCAAUGUGUUUUGACUUGCGAGACUCUGGGAAAAUCGAGUGCGAGAUGCUUAAAACGAGUGGCAGUGAUUACAAGCACAGGUAGCAAUAAAGUGACUCAAAAUGCACCACAAAACCACGAUUUUGGUGGCGCCGGCUCUGCAAAACAGCAGCUGUACGCAUCCGAGGUAUAGCCAGGCGAGCUUUUUGUCCUUGCUGGGCCUUGGGGAUGUCCUGCAGGCGCUGAUCGUCUUCCUGCUGACGGUGGGGGUCCUCGCUGCGAACGUGCUACUCAUCGUCGUGAUCAACAGCAGGAGAUACUCCAAGUACAUUCACUCGCAGCCGCGGUAUCUGCUCACGUCCCUGGCGUGUAACGACCUCGCCAUGGGUCUGCUGGUGACUCCGUUCGCGAUUGUCCCAUCGUUGAGGCACUGUUGGCCCUAUGGAGAGCUGGUCUGUCAGAUCCAGGCUCUGCUCAGAGGGGCUAUAAGUCAGCAGUCUGCAGUGAUCUUAAUAUGCAUGGCCAUGGAUAGGUACCUCUGUAUGCUCCAUCCUGCCCGCUAUCACAAGCAUUCCAGCAAAAAGGGAUGUGUCGCUAUCAUAAGCAUGACGUGGAUAAUGUCGGUUACUUUGUUCUCGAUUUUGGUGCUACCUCGUGGCGGUUACUACUUUAAUCCCACGGGAAUGAUGGCUUGCGAGCCGUUUUAUACCCGUGCUUCCAUCAGGAUCUUGGCCGCGUGCGGAUUUUACUUUCCCACAACCAUGAUUCUGAUGUACUGCUACGGGUCCGCUUUCCAUGUCAACAAGCUGCGGCUGAAGAAAUCAGGAUGCAGCACCAUCGCCAGUCCCGACGACUACGGGGGGACCAGCAUAGAAAAGCUGGUGACUCAGGAGAGACGCCUCAGCACCACAGCGUCCAGGACGAUGGCCGCCAUGUCCUUAGGGUUCAUCGUCCUUGUCACUCCCUGGACCAUUCAGGAAGUCGUCGCCGCCUGCACUGGAUCCAGAGCCCCCGCCGCUCUGGACUUUUUGGCGACUUGGCUUGCGUUAAGCAACAGCUUCUGGAACCCUUUCCUCUACUGGCUCCUGAAUAAUAACUUCAGGAGGAUCAGCAGGGAGCUCCUAUUUAGCAGACUUUUCUGUCGCAAAUCGAAAGAGCCCAAGUCGCACCAGCAGCACUGCUGCAGCAACAGCAGCUCGGGCGCUUUCACGCACACCCAAGGCUGUGAUCUCGAAGGCCUCUCCGAGAAGUACUGGGGGGAGAUCCUGGAGAGGACUCUGUCGUCCAGCUCGCUCCAGGCCCUCCAGCGCGCCUACUCCCACCCCCGCAUGGAGCGCUGCAACGGCCUCCAAGAAAUGAAAGUGUUCGAUACCGCCGUUCCCGAUUUAUGAAAGUUGGACAAGACCACACAGACUUUCGACCUGGGGGCGUCCGAGAGCAUGGGCAGCUCGUGCGAAACGGCGACUCUAUCGAAAUGAUUCAGUGUGGUCGGGGAGGUCGUAAAAAGUGCAAUCUCCGCUUAAUCUGAAUUUAAAUCCGCCGUACGGAUAGUUUGGAACCAAAAAGAAUUAUUUAAACACAUGCUUUAUGGCACUUUUUUAAUCCGACUAGUAGCAACAAUUCCAAUUUGCAUGUUCUUUCAUCUUCUAAAUUGUUUCGUCUGCGACUCGGAAAAAUCCCUUUUAAACAACACGCGCAGAAUAUGGCGACAUGUUCUCCGAUUGCUAAUUUUUUCAAUUCUGCGACAGCCGGGAAAACUUGCCAAAGUUUGUGUACUGUGAUGAAACUCUCACACAACCGAAACCCACCGAAAGUGUUUAAUGUUCACAAUAAUUGUAGCAAUAUUGGGCGUUUCAUAAACAAUGAUAUCAAGUACUGUACAUUAGUGAUAUGUAAAAAUGUUUGUUAGAGACGUAUGUAAAUAAAUAGAAUCUUUUUAAUACAAUACGAAUAUACGUAACUUGACUUGCGAAUGUUAUAUAAAUUACUGAGAGUGUGAUAUUUGUUUAUUUCAAUAAAAACCAUUAAACAAUUUCGUCCAGUGAUUCCUUACAGUGCUAUGUAUGCAGCCAAUAAUACAAAAAAAAAACAAAAAGUCCAGCUGGAGCUGGAACACCUUGUAUAACAAGAUCGAAUAACUUAAUUUUGAAUCUCGUUUUCUUAAUCAUUUCCAAAACUACUUGAAAUUGUUUUGCCUUGAAUGUACGAGUCUCCAAAUUAGUUCUUCCGGUUUUGCUUCGCAUUUGCAUUUUUGAGCAGUUUGUCAAAAUUAAGAAGCAGAUAUUUCGAUAAUUUUAUUAAAAAGAUGAUAAAUGACUUCCGGUGGCAGGAAGUAGUUUCAAGUGCAAGAGGCCGUCAACCUGACCCAAAAAUGGUCGAACUGUGAUUAAUUUUCCCAAGGUAAAAUCUGAGGCUUGACCAAAAUAAGAAAUAAUGAUGUGCUAAUUACGAACUGCAUUGAACCCGCGUUGAAAUCCUCUGCUGUCAAGAGCAAAAAUAAUGGAAGUAAUAAAUUACAACAAAGGAA